UGACGGAAGAACUCUCUCUCUCUCUUUCUUGUUCUUAUCCAUCGCAUUGAAAAGCAGCACCAUCACCACCCCCUCGUCUUCCCCCCUUCUUUCAUAAAUAUGCGUCUCUGCGACAUGUUCACCACCACCUCCUUGUUCACAUCAUCAUCAUCUUCUUCUUCUUCAAUCAGUUGACUCUUCGUUCCUCCCUCUAUUCAUCUGAUGGAGCCCAUGGACAUCGUUGGGAAGGCCAAGGAAGACGCUUCUCUUCCUAAAGCGACAAUGACGAAAAUUAUUAAAGAGAUGUUGCCCCCGGACGUGCGUGUCGCCAGAGAUGCACAGGAUUUAUUGAUCGAGUGUUGUGUCGAGUUUAUAAACCUUGUCUCGUCGGAGUCCAACGAAGUCUGUAACAAAGAAGAAAGAAGGACGAUUGCACCGGAGCACGUGCUGAAGGCUUUAGGGGUUCUUGGAUUUGGCGAGUACAUUGAGGAAGUUUAUGCAGCAUAUGAACAACACAAGUUGGAGACAAUGCAAGACUCUUUAAAAGGUGCCAAGUGGAGCAACAGAGCUGAGAUGACUGAGGAAGAAGCAUUGGCUGAACAGCAAAGGAUGUUUGCAGAGGCACGUGCAAGAAUGAAUGGAGGAGCCAUUACUUCCAAGCAGCCAGACGCUCACCAAAGUUUAGAGAGCUAACUUUAGGACACCUUUAUUUUCUUUUGAAGCAUAGGCAAGCACAUCUCUUCUCUUACUCUUCCCUAUGCGAUGUUAAUUUAGCUCGAUUUUGCACAAAUCCCCAUUCACUAGUUUGCUGGCCUAUGUGAAUGUGCUCGCCAUUUGUGUUCUUUUAGUAAUCCAUAUUUGUAAGUUAAUGUAAUUAUUGGAGUUCUUCUAAAUCCUCGUCUAUUUAGAAUACAUGUAUAUUAUUUCAUUUACCUGUUGUAUCGCCUACACCAACUACUAUUGGCUUAAUUUUGACAAUAUAGUGGCUAUACAACGAUCCAUUAUAAUCUGUUAUAUAGAAAGUCAUGAAGGUUUUACAACAGCAA